AGUUUAUUAUCAGUAAGUUAUGCGACAUUGAUCGCGCUUUGCCUUCCUCUGCAACCAAUCACAUUUCUCGACCACUCGGGUCCUCGUUCCCGCCCCGCUAAACAGCGACGAGCAGCACUUUGACGACGAUGUCGAAAGAUCCAAAGCCCUAUGUUCAACCGGGAGAGCCUCUACAUGAAUUUCUGCGGUCGUUUUGGCAGCGGCAGAUCGACCAGGCCGAGCAAGAGACGAUAGACUAUCGCCAUCCGCCUUUACCACUUGCGCGGAUAAAGAAGGUCAUGAAAAGCGAUCCAGACGUAAAGAUGAUUGCCGCGGACGCACCCAUCCUGUUCUGCAAAGCCUGCGAAAUAUUCAUUGCAGAGAUCACCGCACGAGCCUUCAUCAUCGCGGACUCGAACAAACGGCGGACGCUGUCACGCGCGGACAUCGCCAAAGCGGUCAGCAAGUCAGACCAGUUCGACUUCCUGAUCGACAUCCUCCCGAGAGAAGAGCCCUUUCCUGGGACUGCUGCCGCCGCGGGGGCUACAUCUGGGUCUGGGUCGGGCAAGGGGAAGAAAGCGGCGAAACAGUCUUCGAAGCAGGGUACUGUGAGCCGAGAUGAACCGCAAGGCGAAGCUAACGCAAGCAAUGAUGCAGUCCAAAUAGACCAGGUGAGACCGCUGAGAAGACACCUGCGAAAGCACUUCUCAUCCACCCCUUAGCAAUUGCAGUCGAUGAUGCACCAGCCCGGAGCGCAAAAUCCGCGAGUUCGCCCUUAAAUUAUCUUUCCUAUAUACUUGUUUCGUUGCUUUGCUCUUGCUUUCGGACUCACUCGCCAAUGAAGUGUACGGACUAGAUAUUCCUGCUACCUACUAGAUGCAUGCUAUUCGACCACAGAUUAUGCAACCAAGAAUGACAAGAGCUUAUACAACUAGAGUUAUGAUACGCAAAUGUUAGAGAAAGGUCGUGGCAUGUCCUCAUGGCCGCCGCGUCGCCCUCUGCUUGAUGACCCACUCGUACGCUUCAGUGGGCCACCCAACCGCCAGGCGCUCCACGUCCACCGGAUUGUCACUCAGCUGCUCCACGUGCCCAACAUACCUCCCCAACUCAUUCAGCUCGCUCUCGAAGCGCGACGAACAGCUGCGCGCGAAGAGCUUGAGCUCCUGCAGCGGUAAGCCAACCUCGGCGCGGUCGAGCGCAAACAGGAACAGCCGCACACUCGAGAGCACGUUGUCGUCGAUGAUGCUCACGCUCUGGAGCAGCGGGCAGAGCACCUCAUCGAAUGUGUCGUUACGACAGAGCGCUGCCAGAAUAUGGCGCGAUGGGCGACGAAGGAUCGUGAGAGCGCGAAGACGGGGCAUGUCUGCGAGGAUUGCCUGCCAUGGGAGCUCAGGCGUGCACUCGAUCCCGAUUGUGAGCUCCUCGACAGAACGGGUGUCGAGGUUGUCGAACAGCGACAUCAGCGAUGCGGGGACUGUCGUGGCAGAGAACGUCGAGUAAAAGACUAAAGCACCAUCCACAAUGGAGAUAAGCUGCGGAUAGCCCCGCUUCGUAGGGCGCGCAGUACAGUGAACUGCCCUCAGGCCGUGGAAGGGGUGGAGGCACGUUAUGUCUGCAGGAAGAGCCAUGGAAAGUGCUCCGUCCGCGUGGGAAAGUUGCUCUGCCCAGAUGUGCACAGAAGUGCUCACAGGAAGGGCCAGAUGCGAAAGGAAGUCGGCGAUGGACUCGGGGUUAGGCCAGUCGCCGAGCUGCAGCGUGUGCAGAUGACCAAGGUCGACAACUCGGCGUGUUAAUGACGCGACCUCUGGGGUGCCGGAGCUGAGCGCAGGGCCAGCGUCUAUAAGGAUAAGCUCCUGCAGCCGAGGUGCUGACUGGAGAAAGUCAAGGAACUCGGUCAUGGACAUCCGUUCACGAGAGUGCUGGUCAAGGAGACAGAGAUGGGUAAGCUUGGGACCGAAAUGAUUCCCAGGCCAGGUCGUGAAGUUUGCGAGGGUCAGCCGCUCCAGCUUAGGUGUUGAACCAUCGAAGAGCGUGGGCAGCGUCAAUGAUUCGUCCUUGCCAAGUUUUAGCACGAUGGACAGGGCUUUGAGCUUCGGAGCAGGAUGCAGGAAUACGCGAAGGAUGUUAGAGCCGUAGCGAAACCUCGGCUGAAUGUGUAUCUCUUCAAAACGCUUGCUAUGAUAUGCGAUCGACGGCAUGAAACGCGCGCGCUCGAGUGAUGGACUAUAUCGAGAACCAGAUGUUGCAUCACGCAGGUAGACUCGUAGAGUCGAUGCAGCGGAACGAUCAAGGAAGGUUAACGCGGCCAACGCAGAGUCGCUAUCGAUGAUAGACCACAGCGACGGGAACGCAAGGACCGUUUCUCGCCAGUGACGGCAGACAUGUCCGACCUUGGUCCAGCCAUGUGGGUCGUCGCGAACGCCGAGAUCAGGAAGGAAGGAUGAGGGGAUGGUCUUGUCAAAAGCGAGCAUUCCAAAGAAAUGUGCAAGAAUCUCCCGUGGGAGGAUGUUGAUGGGCGCGAAGGCAUUUCGAAGGACACCAAUCGAACGCAAAGCAGAUACGAGCUUAGCUUCCAGGCGGUCGAGCUGCAGGUUGUGAAGAAGAUGCACACAUGGGGGAACGGAGUAGCACGUACAUCAUCAAUGUUGAACUCGUCUCGCGUCCUAAAACGAUUCGAUAUAUUGGAGUCGGCUCGAGUAAGAUCCGAGAUUACACACCUUCGUAAAUCCCCUUGAGCUGCUAAUCUGCCUAGCAAGACAUCUGCCAGUUGGGAUAGAUUGUGGUCCAUAACGAACUUGCAGCUGGAGCAUGUAAAGGCACUGACUAUGAGAGCAGACGUUCCCAUGCCCCGGUGCUCCGAAGAAGCUGACACGGCAGCUCGUCCUUUGCAGUGUCGGAGGCUGGCAGUAAUUUUAGUAAUUGUUAAGUCAUCUCGCUGCGCGGCAAACCUCAAUCAAAACCGGUCGGCAUCACAGACAUAGCAUAGCAUUCCUGGCGGCAGACCAGCGCGAGGAGUUUGAGGGGUAAGUCGUUGAGAAUCUUCGAAACACAGGUGCCCGACGGCAUUACAUACCGGCAAGGGCUACCGGAUCCGUCGUUGUUUCAAAAGGGACGGGUACGUGUACUAGUGGCUGAACAUGAACCGGAAACAACUCGAGCGGAGGACGCCUUCGCAACUCGACAGUGUGGUGUCGUGAUGUCUUCAGGUGUACGUGCGAUAAACGGUGACCUGGCGUGCUCGUCGACAUCGCACCUGAUGAAUUGCAGGCGAUCAAUUCACCGUGCUGGGAAUGUAAGACAAGUAGAGAUCUAGCAACAUAUCGAACUAGGAAUAUACGCGAUUUCUGGAGCGAAGAUAGUCGAGAGAAGGGCAACCGCGAAGGCAGAUUAGGGACCGGAAGCUUUAACAAGC